AUCUUGUACCUAAUGCUGGAAAUUAUGACAUUUUACGACAGACCGCAGAAGUAAAUGCAUCAUGGCACAAGCAUCUAAAAACGGCAAGUAGUUCCUUGGUUUGAAGAAACAGUAAGACCAUUUCUGGCAUUUCCACCUUAUUGCUGCUGCUCCUUCCGGUUGUCGGUGGGGUUACUGUGGCAACGAGCACGCGCUGCCCAGGGCUCAUCCUGCGGCCGUUACCGACGCCGACCAGUUACUCUCAGCAUACGGGAGGCUCCGCGGGGCGCCCUGCCCACCGGGUCUUGGACUUAUCACCCCUGGAGUGAGGACGAGGAGCUGCGGGGCAGCAUGGCCAAAGCGGCAGCCUCUUCACCGCUGGAGGACUUGGACCUGAGCGGAGAAGAGGUCCAGCGGCUCACCUCAGCCUUCCAGGACCCGGAGUUCCGGCGAAUGUUCUCCGCUUACGCCGAGGAGCUCAAUGACCCCGAGAACCUGCGGCGCUACGAGGAAGAGAUCACCGCGCUGGAGCGUGAGCGCGGAGUGGAGGUGCGGUUCGUGCACCCGGAGCCAGGCCACGUGCUGCGUACCAGCUUGGACGGGGCUCGGCGCUGCUUCGUGAACGUGUGCAGCAACGCGCUGGUGGGCGCGCCCAGCAGCCGGCCAGUCCAGGGGGGCGGCGGCUGCGGCGCGGCGGCCGGUAGCCACUGGUCCCUGCCGUACAGCUUGGCGCCUGGCCGUGAGUACGCGGGCCGCAGCAGCACUCGCUACACCGUCUACGACGUGGUGUUCCACCCAGAAGCGCUUGCGCUCGCCCGGCGAAACAGGCGCUUCUGUCAGAUGCUGGACGCCACGGCUCUGGAGGCAGUCGAGAAGCAGUUCGGCGUCAAGCUGGACCGCCGGAACGCCAAGACCCUGACCAAAUAUAAGGGGACCCCAGAGGCUGCCGUGCUGCGCACGCCCCUUCCGGGGAGCGUCCCCGCCCCACCCGACGGGAACGAAGACCCUCUCUCAGUUUUUCCCUAUCCCUACCGGUACCCCGCGGCCGCCCAGAACUCCGUCGGCCCGGGGCCCCAGGCCCCCAAACCUCCCGAGGCGGUUCAGAAGCCCGCCCCCACCGAGCCCCGCUGCAGUGUGGUGCAGCGCCACCACGUGGACCUCCAGGAUUACCGGUGCUCCCGGGAUUCGGCCCCGAGCCCGGUGCCGCACGAGCUGGUUGUCACCAUCGAGCUGCCGCUGCUGCGCUCGGCUGAACAGGCGGCGCUGGAGGUGACGGGAAAGCUGCUGUGCCUUGACUCGAGGAACCCCGACUACCGGCUGCGGUUAUCCCUCCCCUACCCGGUGGACGACAGCCGCGGCAAGGCGCAGUUCAACAAGGCGCGGCGGCAGCUGGUGAUCACGCUGCCGGUGGCGUUACCAGCCAAGCUCCCGGGCCCUCCCGCGGCGCCGGAAGAGUCGGUGGGCCAGUCCGGAACUGACGGCGCGGCCUGCGCUUCCGCUAGCGUAGGGGAAGAGGGGCCUGUGGGGGACCCCAGCCCGGAUCCCAGCGGGGUAGGGACUGCAGAAGCCGGGAUCGCCACCCCAUUCGCCCCCGAAGUGGCGUCUCCGCCAACGCGGGCUGGGGAGGAGAUAGACCUCCAGCCGGAAGAGCGGGACUUGGGCAGGCACUCGGUGUCCCCACCGGGCCUCGAGGAGGAGGAGCGGCCCCCAGGAGCUGAGAGCUCACCUGGGGGGUAGGGUGGAUGCUCUCCUAGAACUUCAUCCCGAGGCCUUGACCUGGAGUCUCCUGUAGGAAGAGGGAGUGCGUGCGGAGAUAUCAGUGUAGAGACACGCGAGGACCUGGAGGGGCCGAGCACCGAGCCUUCUGAUCCAGCAAUGGGUGGCCCUGGCACCGAGAGCAGGGAACCUUUGUGUCCUCCUUUGCAGUGUAAUCAGGAUGAAGAAUCCUUGGCUCUGCUAAUUCAAGUGCCUCAGAUUCAGCCGCAAAGUCUUCAAUGGGAUCUGAACCCCCUCCGGUACAAAUUGUGUUUCUCCACACAAGACUUAGUUUAUUCCUUCUUCUUGCAGUUUGCUCCAGAAAAUAAAUUAAGUAAAGAACCCGUGAUUAGCGUUUCUUCAAACAAUGCAGUGAUAGUACUGGCCAAAUCUCCAGAGAGCCAUGGAUGUUGGCGAGAGUGGUACUGUGGUUUGAACAAAGAUUCUUUGGAGGAAAGGUUGUUUGUCAGUGAAGAAAAUGUUAGUGAGUUUCUUGAAGAGGUCCUGUGCUCUCCAUUCACACAGAAAAUGCCCUUGUCCCCACCAUUAAUUGAAGUUCUUCAGGUUACUGAUGAGAAGAUUCAAAUUCAUGCAGAGUUACAAGAAUGUAGUAAUCCUGAUCAGCUUCAAGGAAAGGAAAAAAUCAAUGAAGAAUGUCAUCUAACUGAAAAAGAAAAUUUAGACCAUUUUACCACCUCUACAACUGAUUCUGAUUUAUCUGUAGCAGUUAAUGCACUAGAAAUAGAUACUUGUGGUUCAGUUGAAGGAUUUCAACAAGAGUCUCUUGAUGUUUCUCAAGUGCUAUCUGGAAAAUCACAGCAAACUGAAGCAAAAAUGGAACCUGCUGUUAUGAAAGAAAAAGGUUCUACUUACUCAAAUGAGGACAAAGAUAAUUUAAAAGAACCAGUAAUAACCAAAGAAAAAGAAUUGGAUGGAGAUCACAUAUCUUCAUUACCGAACAAAACUAUAGUUCACAAUAUACCUGAUUUUGAAAGCAUAAAAGAAACCAAUAUGCAGGAUGGCAGUGUGCAGAUUAUUACAGAUCAUGUGACUCACUGUGCAUUCACUUUUCAGAAUUCUUUGCUAUAUGAUUUAGAUUAAUUCUAAUUUUGGAAUUUAAAUGUUGAGUAAAAAAAAUUUAUACCUAAAAUAGUUUCUUUCUGUUAAAUAUUAGUCAACAAAGUAUACAAUUAAAAUUUGGAAUUUUAAUUUUAAUUCCAAUGGGUAAACUGUAAGGUUUUUUUUUUUUUUUUUUUUCUUUUUUUGUCUUUAGAGUUUAAACAAAGUUUAAUUUUGGAGAUAAGUUUUGUAAUUCCUCUGGUAUAUAACACUUUUUGAAGUAGAGAUGUAACACUUUUAAUGCAGCCUGUAUAUAAUGACUCUGUUAAUUUUUACUUCUUUAUACUUACUUUAAAAUUUCAAAAUAAAUAUUUACCAAUUUGUGGUCAUCACACAAAAUAAUUCUCAAGAAUGCAAUUAACUUGAAAUAUCAAUCUGUGUAUGGGAGUAGAAUCCCAAGGCUAUUGGUUUAUAAGUCUCACUAUAUGGUGUAUUUAUGCUGAAACUAGAGGCUUAGAGGGGAAAGAACUUCCCAAUAUUAAUGAUCUAAGUAAUUAUCAUACAAAUAAACAAAUGGAAUUUAGCAUUUUUGUAUGAACACUAUAUUUUACUAAUAUCUGUUGUACAAAGGUAUAAGGUUAGUUUUUAAUGAUUUUCAAAAUUCAAUAUUUAAAAUAUCUUGCAAGUUAAGUAUUAAAACAACUUAUGGUUUUAUAGAAUACAUUUGAGAAUUUUAGAACAGGUAUUUUUAAAAAAUCUGACAAUUCACUUUGAUAGAAUUAUUUUCCUUAUCAUAUCAAAACAAAAACCACUCUUUUAUAAUCAAUUUUUUAAUAGCCCAACUAAAAUAUGAGGGAAGGUAAAAAUCCUAACAUAUUUUUCUCAACCAAAAAUUUUGGGAUAGCAUGAAACAUAGAAAGGAGAACACUUGAUCUAAUCCCUAAGUACAAGGGUGAUGUAUUCCUGUUCUAGACAUGGCUACUAAUUCAGACUGGGGCCUUAGCUCAGUCCUGGAAAUUGCCUAAUUUCUUUAAUCAUUUAAACUGGAGAUGGCAGGUGAGAGGAUCAAAAACUGUUAUAAAGGCUGGUAAUUCAUCCUGAUUUACAUUUAUAAUCCCUAGACAAAAACUGGCACUAGAGUGGGAUGUGAAGUUAGCAUAAAGGCAGCUCUUAAAGCAAGAGAACUGUCUCAGGUGAGCACAUAUAUUUUUCAACCACACUCUUAAAUUGAUGCAGUAAAAGCUUGAGACUCAAGUUUUCUUAGGUUGAGGGCUGAGGAUACAGCUCAGUGCUAGAGCACUUGCUUAGCAUGCAUGAGGCCCUGGUUUCAACCCCUAGUACUGACAACAAAACAGAAAAGUUUUCUUGGGUUGAAAUGACCAAUAGUAGAAUCUACACAGAAUAUAGCCUUUUAUGAGUAAUUUUUUAAAUUGAAUAUAGUAAUAAGGAAACCUUCUAUAUAAAAUAUGGAGUAAAUUUUAAGCCUGGUUUUCUAUUACUGUAUCUUUUUUAAAAAGUGAUUUGCCAAAUGGUGCACGCUUGUAACCUCAGCUACUCUGGAGGCUGAUGCAAGAUAAUCACAAGUUCAAGGCCAGCCUGGGUGACUU